UAUUUUCACACACAAAAACACAACUAAACACAAAAAAACCAUACACAGAAGAUCAUCGAAAUUGUCACGCACUCGCACGAUUUUGUUCGAAACCUCGAUCGCUCGUUCGUUCGUUCGCUCGCUCGCUUCUGUUUACUCCGGAAAAGGCACGUACGCAUACGGCCGCCAUGACAGGGUCGCGUCCACGGAAAACGAAGCACAUUAGCUUGGCCACCAAAAAACGACCGAGCCUGGCGCCAUCCACCAUGGUACGCACAUUAAGAACAGAACUGCUGUGUGUUUAUGGUUGGCUUGUGUUUUAAAUGUGUUUGGUGGCGCCAAAAAACCGCUCCCUUUCCGUAUGGUUGGGUGACAUUUCGUCCACCCCUUUCCGUGAAUCGACACGCACAGGAAUGCGAUCAUUCUGCGAUCGGGUGCGAGUGAAGAGCAAGCCCGAUGACGUCAGCUGAGUAGAACGUUGAACGAUCGAGUGUGCUGCUUGCGGGGCGAGAGUGAAAUGAGAUCACUUCUGUCGCACAGGGCAGGCACACCCUAUACUAAAAAACCACUUGAAUCAUCGUAGUGUGCCGCGAACACAGUAAAGAGUAGGCCAGUCGACCGAGAAUGUGGGAUUCGACAGUUUUUUUUUUACGUUAAUCUCCGUGAUCCUUUCAAGCGAACCAACAAAACAAACAAACCGACACAGGAACUAAGACUAACUUAUCAGUAUUAACGUGCGGCAAUCAAACACAUCCCUCGUUCGUCGGGGAUGCUGUCCUCGUACACUGCAGGUACAUCCACUAAUACACACAGCAGAGCAGAUGCACCGACCCCCGAGAUGGGCAUCAGUCACCAAUCACCGACGGAAAGUUAAGAUGUAAGUCGUCGAUGGAGAUAAUUUAUUUUAAGUGACCACGCGUAGGGACUAAUUCGCCUAACUAAGAAGGCUUGUUAAUGCUGCAGUUUUUUGAUGUGCUGGCGCGACGCGACGGACGACGCGAUGGAAAUUGUUGUUUAGUUUUCGCCGUUUUUCUUUUCUUUUCUUGUGUACUUAUUUAUAGGUUAGGGUUUACACCUCACUUGCCCCCCUUCUGUGUUGCCACCGUUUUCGACUGCGAUUCGGCGAGUUAAAGGUGCAUCCGAAGGUGUGUUUGUGUAGGUCGAUAAAUUAUUGUUCGCAGUAUGUGUGUGCGAGAGAGAGAGAGAGAGCUGCUGUUGGGUAAAGUAGUGGCAGUAGUGGUAGCGGUAGUAGCGCCUGCCCCAAAACACCGCCGAGCGACUGUUAGUAAACCUUGUACUGUACUGGGGAGUAAUAUAUGUAUUGCGCGAUGCUUGCUUUUGUGUUUUGCGGCCACACACCGUACACGCUCGCGUGUAACAAUUGGCAGAAAAAAAACAUGUAAAGGAGAGAGUAACAUGAGUUUGGUGGAUCCUUAAGCAAACUGAAAUCAAUGUCAGAGGACCCCUGCGGGCGCAAUAGCAGGCGGCGUAUAUGUUUUAACAUGAUGAUCCAGGUGGAUUGUGGUGGAGCGGUUGCUACUCGACUCGAGUCUCGAGUUGGCUUUAAGUUUCGUUUUAAGCUUUUUUUAAGUUUUUUUUUUCUUGCGCGUGGAAACGCAACAAAAAACCCACCAAAAAAGGUAUAUUUCACGCAGCAACCAACACCUAUCAUGUUCGUAGCUUCCAUUCGUAGCUCGAGAAUGGUGGAAGAUUUUCAUAUCUUCGUUCUGAUUUAGUAAAAACAAAGAGAAGUACAUGCACUGUGCAUUGCAAGUAGUAUGAAUGAGUGUAAAUAGUAAAUAGGAAGAUGGAUCCCCAUGGAGUCGGCGCUGCCGUGCGCUUGUAAAUAUAAUCCAGAUUAGCGUGUUUGAAGCCCCCGGGAUCGCAGAAGAAGGUGAACAGAGCAGUUGGUCCCAGCCCAACUCCAUCAAUGGACGCUUAAUCAGAAAACAAAACAAGAGCGAAAGAGUUCCGCAAAGAGAGCGAAGCAGUGAAGACCACCCUCAGCCGCCGUUCGCCGGCCAGCCAGUUUGUGCUUAGCCAGUUGUAAAAUUAACGAUUUUAGUGAAGCCGAGGCCGUGCCACGGUGGUGCGGCGAGGAAGGUUUGAGGGGAUCAGAUUUCGAAAACAUGAAACAUUGAAGUGAAAAAAAUAAAAGACCUGGGUGAAAAACUCGCCACGCCACCUGGCUAUUAAUCCAAGGAAAUGGAACAAAGAAAAUCACAAACUAAAGCAAAAGUCCGCCCUGGACCGCUCUGGUGAAGCGGAGCAGCUAUCAAGCGGAUGAUAUCUCCAGGAAAACAAAACAAUAGCGCACAACGGAAGGAGUGUGAGGAAACGGCGUGCAGUGGGGCAAACCAAGGAGCAGGACAGGAAAACAUAAAGUUGGGGCAAACGGCGAACUCGAUUGUGUUAUUAUUUGUUAAAGGAUAUCGUAAUGUUAGGAAGAAAUCAAACAACAAAGCGAUGCAAAAUGGUGUGAAAGUGAAAAAGGAGGCAAAACACACGCGGGGUUCAUGCAAGCAAGUGAGGAGCGGUGGAAUGGCUGGAGAGGAUAAAGAAAAAUAGGAAAGAACCCACACAGCUACAC